AUUCCGCACAUUCUUCGCAUCGCUCGCGCCGCGCCGCGCCGCCCGAGCCGAGCCGAGCCUCCGCGGCCCCGCCGCCCGCCGCGGGCGCCCCCCAGCACUUCGCACACUCGCUUCCAGCUCGCGGGGAGUCCGCGCGCCGGGGCCCGGGCCCGGGGCGGCCGCGGCGGGGCGCAGGCCAUGCGCUGACCCCCCAGCGCGCAGCGUCGCCGGAGCGCGGGCAGCUGCCCCGGCGCGCCCUGCCCGUCCCGGGAGCCGGCGAGGCCGGGUUGGGGCUGCCCGGCGCGGGAGUACCGCAGGGAGUACCGGCUGGAGUAACGCGGGGGCGGCGGCCCAGCGCCCCGAAGUUUGCCGCGCCCGCUCGGGCUGCCGUGGUUUGUUUUCUUGAAAAGGCUCCAGGCUUCGGCUUGGAAAACCCAACCGCCAAAAUUGAGCCCAGCAGCUGGAGCGGCAGCGAGAGCCCUGCCGAAAACAUGGAAAGGAUGAGCGACUCGGCAGAUAAGCCGAUUGACAACGACGCGGAGGGCGUCUGGAGUCCUGAUAUUGAGCAGAGUUUCCAGGAGGCCCUGGCUAUCUAUCCGCCGUGUGGGAGGAGAAAAAUCAUCUUAUCAGACGAAGGCAAAAUGUAUGGUAGAAAUGAAUUGAUAGCCAGAUACAUCAAACUCAGGACGGGAAAGACAAGGACCAGGAAGCAGGUGUCUAGUCAUAUACAGGUCUUAGCAAGAAAGAAAGUUCGAGAAAUUCAAGCCGCCAUUAAGGUGUCUAGUCACAUUCAGGUUCUUGCCAGAAGGAAAUCUCGUGAUUUUCAUUCCAAGCUGAAGGUAACAAGCAUGGAUCAGACUGCCAAGGACAAGGCCCUGCAGCACAUGGCUGCCAUGUCAUCAGCCCAGAUCGUCUCGGCUACUGCCAUCCACAACAAGCUGGGGCUGCCUGGGAUUCCACGCCCCACCUUCCCGGGGGGUCCGGGGUUCUGGCCUGGGAUGAUACAGACAGGACAGCCAGGAUCCUCACAAGACGUCAAGCCCUUUGUGCAGCAGGCCUACCCCAUCCAGCCAGCAGUCACAGCCCCCAUUCCAGGGUUUGAGCCUACGUCAGCCCCAGCCCCCUCAGUUCCUGCCUGGCAGGGCCGAUCCAUUGGCACAACCAAGCUUCGCCUGGUGGAAUUCUCCGCUUUCCUUGAACAGCAGAGAGACCCAGACUCGUACAACAAACACCUCUUCGUGCACAUCGGGCAUGCCAACCAUUCUUACAGUGACCCGUUGCUCGAAUCUGUGGACAUUCGUCAGAUAUAUGACAAAUUUCCUGAAAAGAAAGGUGGCUUGAAGGAGCUGUUUGGAAAGGGCCCUCAAAACGCCUUCUUCCUCGUCAAAUUCUGGGCGGACUUAAACUGCAAUAUCCAAGACGACGCCGGGGCCUUUUAUGGUGUGAGCAGUCAGUAUGAGAGUUCUGAGAACAUGACAGUUACCUGUUCCACCAAAGUGUGCUCCUUUGGGAAACAAGUAGUAGAAAAAGUAGAGACGGAGUAUGCGAGGUUCGAGAAUGGUCGAUUCGUGUACCGAAUAAACCGCUCGCCAAUGUGUGAAUAUAUGAUCAACUUCAUCCACAAGCUCAAACACCUACCAGAGAAAUAUAUGAUGAACAGUGUUUUGGAAAACUUCACCAUAUUAUUGGUGGUAACAAACAGGGAUACACAAGAAACUCUGCUCUGCAUGGCCUGUGUAUUUGAAGUCUCGAAUAGCGAACACGGAGCACAGCACCAUAUCUACAGGCUUGUGAAGGACUGAACCUGGUUAUUUAUAUAGAGAGAUAUCUGUAUAUACACACACAUAUGUGCACACACACACUCUCCAUUAUCGAACGACUGACUGUAAACCUCACCGCACAGGGUGCUACCCUGGCCCCCCAGGUCCCACCCUGACCUUUCUAAUCCUGUUCGAGUGAACUUAUUUUUUUUUUCCAUGUGUUCAUGCUAUCAUUGUAGCUGUGAAGUUGUGAUGCAGUUUUUUGUGUAUUCCUCAGAUCUGCAACCCACAAUUCCUUGGGGAAGGUGAAUCUUACCAGCCUAAGCUAAGCCUCUCUGCAGCCCUGUUUCCUGUUGUGGUAGAAAAUACUGAGACAGAGGAUUGGCCACGGGGCAUUGACUGCCUUUAUACAAAUGUAUUUAGUUCUUUUUGUGUUUUUCCAACAUAAAAUUCUUGUUUUAAGAUACAAGUAAAAUUAAUCUUUAAAUGUAAAUGUAAAUUAGUACAGGAAAACUAAGAUUCUUUAGACUUAUCUUUGUAACUAAUUAGGAUGGAAGUUAUGGAAGAAUGUAAUUCACUAAAUUAUUUUUUAAAUGAAAUCUUUCUUUCUUUUUAAAACCAAAUGUUAAACUAUAGCCUUAAGACAUGCUUGGUUGAACUAUCCUAAUGAGACAAAUUUAUACCUUCCCCCAGCCCCCAAGGUUAAAACUAAUACCCUAAUUCAUUAAACUCUUGAAACAGGUGUCACAAAGGAGGAAGACAUCACCCCUCACCCUUAACAUAUAUAGUAUAUUUAAAAAUGUAAAAUUGUAUUGUACUAAUGUGAUAAUUCAUUAUUUAAUGAAAAAGAAAAGAUGGCUCUUUUUGCAAUAAGUAGGUAAUACUGAGACAAGUCUAAGCUUACAACGUUAUAGUCUUGUGUGUGCAGUUACAUUUUAUAUGGUCAACCAAAUUUUUUACAGAGACGAGUUCACGUUUGAACCACUGAAAUUUAAUAGCAAAUUUAAAAAUUGGCAUGAAUACUGCACUGUUGAGUUGCAAAGGAUGCAGAGUCCUGUGGCUGGAAGAAACUUGUCAUCAACCGAGCAAGCAGAAGGCUCAUCAGGCUUGGUGUCUCUGCUCCCCAGAAUGUCACUGUCACAAGCUUCCUGGCCAGCCUGUGGAUAGAUUGUUGCUGGUAACCCAGCGUGCAUAGGAAGCAUCUGUGGCUCUAGCUCUGUGUUCUUGCGCAUGUGGACAUUCAGCUCUCUGAGCUCCUGUUUCUUGUCAAUUUGCUAGUUGCUCAUUGCCUCUCUGCAUUAUAGACAUGGAUGUAUUUUCUCUAAGGGCAUCUUUCCAUAAGCCUCAGUGGCACUUUACACAUAUAUUCAUUCUCUCUCUCUCUCUCUCUCUCUCUCUCUCUCUCUCUCUCUCUCUCUCUCUCUCUGUCUCUCUCUCUCUCCCCCUCAUCUUUUCAAGCAGAUUCCCUCAUUCUCUUACCAAGAGAAUAUUCCAAAGCAUUGCCCUGCAGAGUUGGUCUGAUGUGGCCAGCCUCGGGUUACUUCCCUAAGUGCUUUUUCACUGGGGAAGCAAGAAAGGUUAACCCUCCACUUCCCAGGGAAGAUAAGAGGAAAGUAACAGUUUCAUUACACACACUCACAUGUGUGAGCACAUACAAAUGUGCACACACACACACACAACUGUUAGGAAUAUGUAAACAUAAUAGAAAUGGUACAAACUUUUUACUUUAAAAAAGCAAAAAGCAUGGCUUGUUUUUUGCACUAAGGCAAAAUUCUUUAUCUAAAAUCUUUAUCAAAAUUCUACAUCUGCUAUAUCCAGGAGACACACGCACCUCUUUGCCCCAGCAUCAGCUCUGACUGCUUAUAUCAUAUUCAGCAUCUUUGGUCCUCAGUGGGUGGAUGCCGCUGGCAUGUAGUUAAAAGAAGCACAUUGGAUUGACUCUGUCUUCUCCUAGCAGCAUCCCUCAUCCCUGGGAAGACCAGAGAAGAAUGUGCAAGAUGUUUCCAUUUGCAAUGUGCCUCCCUUAUGUAAAGCCAAUGGGGCACUGGUUCUCCUCAGGAGAACAGCCUAGGUUCCCUGUUUCUAAGCCAGCCCUCAAAGGAAUGGCUACCCUGAGUUUCUCACCUUUAUCUGUCUGCAGACCAGGUAUUUAAAGAUGUCUCCUGGAUGUGACAUUACUUAUUAAUCUUUUAGACAACCCUGUUAGGGAGGGUUCUUUACCUUUGAUCUCCUAUGGCCUUAUUCAGGAGGAAACCCCUGUGUCUUGAGACCAGGAAGAUAUGAAUGAAUGGGUACAAAUGAUCUCCUGUGGCUAUCUGUCAUCUCAGAAUGGGAUGGGGGAGGGGUCUGUCACUCAGGAGUAGAGCUUCUCCUCUGUACCACUAAGGCUCUGGGGAUUUACCUCCCAAGUACCAGCUAGAGGAUAGUGGUUGGCAGUGGGCUGGCAAAGAUGUCACAGAGUCAGGGUGGUGUGUCGGCUGCCCCACUGUCCUCUUCUUCCUAAUGCCUUUCUGGGCAGUAGGAGCUGGGGGGGGCGGUGGAUGACCUGACUUACUUUUUGCUCUUAAACCAGCUAUAAAACUCUUUAAUGUAUACUAACCCCCGCCCACACUCUUCCCCCACCUUCUUAUUUUUACACCACACCCAUAUCUCCACCCCUCCCAACUUCUCAUUCUUUUUUGCCUUUAAAAAGAAAAUAACCUUAGUCUCAGUUACAGUUAUAUUGCUAUGAUGUUAACAAUGCCCAAAAGCAAGUUGGGGAAUAAAGUGGACUUAUAUUUCCACAUCCUAGCCCAUCACUGAAGGCAGUCAGGGCAGGAACCUGAGACUACAAGUUGAUACAGAGACCAUGAAGGAGUGCUACUUACUGGCUUUCUCCUCAUGGCUUGCUCAGCCUGCUUUCUUAUAGAAUCCAGGACUAUCAGCCUAUGGAUGGCGCCGUGCACAAUGGGCUUUCCCUGCCCCCUCCCCAUCACUGAUUAAGAAAAUGCCCUACAGCCAUUUCUUAUGGAGAUGUUUUCUCAAUUGAGGUUCCCUUUUCUGAGAUGACUAUAGCUUGUGUUAAGUUGACAUAAAACUAGCCAGCACACCCACCGUGGCCAAUUUGUGCUGCCCAUAUACUCAUAGGUGUGGGGACAUCCAUUGGAACAUGGUCAAGCCUGCCAGGAACCACACUUUUAAACUGAGUUCUCUUCCCCUAGACCCAUCCACUCUCAGGAGCCCCUCAGCCUUGCAGUGUCAACCAGCCAGCUCUCACGGUUGCCGGAGUUUAUGAAUACAGUGGCCCUGUCAUGUCCAGAUGACGCUGUUUUGUUCCAUACACCCCACCCCACAUCCUGUUCUUACGGUCUCUGCUCUGUCUUCAGCGCUGGUAGCUAUAAGAUCUGUAAAUCUUGUAGAGUUUCCCUGUCUUAAUCAGUGACCCAGUUAUCCCAGAGUUGCUUUUAUUUCCCAAGUGAAAGCCUGGGUUUGGGGCGGGAGGUCAUGUUCUAACCUCUCAUCCCAGUCUCUAAUCCCUGGCUCCUUCUUCCCUCUUCUCAGCUUCCUAAAGCUUAGGACACCAUUGCUGAACCCUGCCCUCACCGUUCCCUCCCCAGAGCUGUCUCACAGUGACUGGGACAGAUCUAUCCUGGACAUCUUGCUUAGCCACUACAUAGUGUAAAGGCCAUCUUUCCAAUGAAAGAGACAUAAAAAUCCACCCAAAACUUCUUCAGAACAUGUCCUGGGAUGCCCAGAGUCCAGCUACCUGGAGGCCAGCAACAUUCUGGACCAGUUAAUUGGCCGUACCCUGUGCUUCGUCAGAGGAUUGAGGAUUCCUAGCCACUUCCACAAUUCUCACAGCUCGUUGCCCUGAGUUGUGUAAGGUUCAGCCUUAAUUGAAAAUGGCUGCCCUUUCUCUUACUGGUCACAUUAGCAUAUUGAUAGCCAGUUUUUCUCCGAUCCAUGAAAUCUCGUCUAUGACCCCCCCACACCACACCCCAACCCCCCGCCCCCAAUCCCUCAGUUUUUCAAGGUCAAGAAGAAGGAAGUGGCAGGAUUCUUCAGCAGCAUCCUUUCCUCUGUUAGAGGCCUCUCCUGCACAGCCACCAUCUCUUUCCUGCAGCUCUUUCUCUCUUGCCUGGGAAAGCUGGGGACCGCUGGCCAGCAGCCUCCCUGUAGCCAUCUGACUCCUCUUUAAAGAGCAUUUCUGAUUUGACUUACAGCCUACUCUUUCCCAGGGUUUAAAAAGAUAGUCCCCUCCCCCACCUGGUUCUUUCUCACAAGCCCCCCCCUCCCCCCCGCCUCCUCCUCAUCCUUUUCCAGAUAGGGUCUGUCUCCUCGACACUGUUUCUGCUGUCCGCCUCAUGCUCCAUGCUGUCUGUCCUAUCUCUUCCAUCUUUAGGGACGAAGCAGAUCUGGAUCUGUUCCAGAAGGUGCCUCAUACUCAAACGAAAAGAGAGCACAGUCUAUCCCGCUUCAUCUUGAAGGGAUGAGAGGUGUCUGGUCCAGGCUCCCAGCUAUUUAGUCACAGGACAAGGGUGAGGGCUUCUCUUCCAUCUUUGGCCUCGCCUGGGUCGAAGCCAUCUUUCCUUGGUGCUCUGUGCUUAAGUGACCCCUGAGAAUGCAUGGACAGAGUCAGUUCGGAUCCCCUAGAGCUGUCUGGGGAACCACAAGUAGAUGAUGGCGAGGCUGAAGCAAGCGCCUUUUGUUUCCUCAGAGGACAGUUCUCCAGCCGCAGGCUCUGAGUCAAAUUUCUAUUUACCAUACAUCCCAGCAGCAAUGUCCUGUCCACACACCAGCCAAAAGAAAACCCUUGGUGUUAAAAUUCUUCAGAGGACUUUUAGAUCCAGGUCUUCUUUCGGCUUCGAUACCACAGUGGCGUUAGCCAUCAUUUUUAUACAACCACAUGUUAUUGAAGUCACCUGAUGGUCAGUUUUACAAACCAGGUACCUGUAAUUUGUAUAAUUUUGUAUAUGCUCUGGCGUCCCAUGGAAGGGUAGAAUACCUGUGUGUUGGUGUCCUCACCUGUGACAUUAGGAUGCUUGAGUUCCUGGCCUCUUCUAUGUUGAUGUUUCUGUGGCUAAGCCCUGCACGUGUCAUUUCUGAAAAGCCUUAAAUCUUAGAGAAGUCACAUCGCAGGGUGUCAGUGUGACAGGCUGCCUGGGAACCGUGAGCCCUUUUGUAAGCUGGAAGCAUUUCUCUUACUACUGUUACUUUUCAUAGUUUUCAGUUCACAGCUGCCAAAGCCUCCCAGAAAAGCCGUGCCUUAGUACUACCUUGUAGCCGCCAGCCUUUUCUCAGCCUGUUCUGGGUGCCCACUUGCUAAUUGGCCCCGUAUCAGAAGCAGGACAAGCCAAAAUCCUUCUCAUUUGUGUUUCAAAAGCCCGUUUUUAAAUCCAGCUCUAUAGGAAGCUGAUGACUUGGUUUCAAACAACCUGAAUCAGAACCCAAGUCGAUUCUUUGACCAUGCUCUCACGAACGUAUCCAUACCAAAACUAAAGGCUGCACCUCCGCAGCUUGCUAUGAAGAGCGAAUUGUACUUUUCAUUGAUGCCUUUUUCAAUCCAUGACCAAAUACUUAGCUAUUUGUGAAUCUUCUGCACUCCAGCUUGAAAGUGCCUUUGGCUCGAGAUUCCAGCUUAGAAAGUGCCACCAUAAUAACGACAAUUUGUAGAGAGACCAAAAAUAUUUCGAGAUCACCAUAAUGCCUUUGGUUAACCGGGAUGAAUAACCAACCGCAGGCUUGUAUUCAUGAGAGCACCGAGCAACGUGUGGUCCCUGCCUGCUGUGAGUCUGCCUGCCAAUGGGGAACCCCACCACCACUGUCCUGUACAGCAGUGUGGCAGCGGGGAGCCCUGCGAACUCUUGUGUCUGUGUAUGCCGCCUCUCCCGGCAUGUCCACCAACUCAUCACCCGGCUCUGCAUCCCUGGGAAGGAACUUAUGCGCAAGCACCGAAUCCCGGCCAGUGGGCAGACACCAUGGCUCUGCCUUCCCCCACUGUGUCCAUGUCCAGACUGUGGAGACUCAUCCACUGGAACGACAGUGUGCACUUGCCUGCCUACACGUUUGGUUGUUGGAAGCCUCGCAUUGAGAUGACAGUGCAGAACAAAAAUUAAAAAUGGGUUCAUUAGGGUCAUUGCAGUUGAAGUGUCUCUGGGCUGUUUUGCUGGCUCUGGAUGUCCGAAUGUGCUGUGAGGGACUUGCGAAGAGCACACCAUUUGCAACUCGGCAUUUUCAAGGACAUUCUAGCCCUCAGCCAACUCUUUAAAGUGUGUGUCAGCUUAGAGUAAAACCUUUUUUUUUUUAAUCUGGAAACCCCAUACUGUAAGGAGAAAGAACAAAGGAGGCAAAAAGAAGCCAAGAAAAAAAAAUAGGUGUUUUGUUUUGUUUUGUUUUUCUUCCUUUGCUGAUGUAAGUGUAAAAGUAAUGACAGACAACUCUGAAAGUUAGCCUCAAAACACUACCACACACUCUUCUCUCCGCCCCUCCCUGGUGUCUAAGGAAUAGCCGCUCCGGGCUCUGAAAUUGCCCACGUGAUUUGUAUCCACCCCAAGUUGUGGGUAUGUAUAAAAGUCCAGUUUUUGGUUUUUUGUUUUGUUUUUUCAAAGAAAAAAUAACUAUCAAAUGGAAAGGAUAAUUUCUCAGUGCAGGUUAGAGUUAGUGGUUUGCUCUUGUGUAUUCCCCCCCAACCCCUGGCAGGGACACACCACAACUUGAAGAACUUAGUCAAAUGUGUGUUCUCUCGUGCCUCUCUCUAGUCAUUGCUGUCUCGUUUGCAGUAGUUUUCUCUCCUGAGCUCUUUGCUUAUAUCUUUUAAAAUGAAGGUUUUUGUAUUUUAAAUUUACUGUGUUGCAAAGGGUAGGCCUCACUGAAGUCACGCACCAUUAACUAAGAUGAGAUAUCUGUAUUUAUUGUUCCUUCCUAAGCCGUAACUUGUUUUCUCUGUGAAUCUGCAUUGGGUCCCGUGGCCCACACUACAUCAUUUUAGAUAAAAGCAGCCUUUGUGUGUGUGUCUUGCACCCAAUUCGUUCACGACCAUGGGGUCAGGUCCCACUAGACCUGUCAUACCCAGCCUUGCUCAGCCUGGCCCUUGUCGGUUCUUACUACGGACAUUUUGUCUCUUCUCUCUCUGAAAGAGGUGGGCAGAAUCCACACAUCCAUCAUGUUAGAAAACCUGUCUAUGAGUUUUGUGUUUUUAUUUUUCAAAUUAAUUGUUUUCUGUGAUUAGUUUCAAUGUGUAAAAUAGAUUAUUAACUGCACUUCUUUAAAAAAAAGAACAAAAGGAUGUACAUCUCCUGUUACCUCCUUGAAAGACCAACUUCUCUAGGCCUUUUUCAGUGGGCUUAUGACUUCAGACAAGGGAAAAAAAACAGUAAAAACAAAAAUAGUACGUGCCUGAAAAAUGACAAAAAAAAAUCUUUUUGUAACAUUUAAAAAACCUGAAAAGCCUUUACUUCUUUGAUAUGCUCAAAUUUUAUGUAAAUUGGUUUUUGCCACGUGUGUUCCUUCGGAUUCUAAGCGACUUCAUGGCUUCUCUGUUGUCUCGUGUAAAGUGUAUAGGAUGGGCUUGUGGCGUAAGCAUUUCAUCUGGUCAGUGGCUCUUUUGAUACUGUACUGCUGCUGGGACUGGGCUGGAACCUGAGCCUCUAGAGGGUGACUGGGUUCCUCUUGGGGGAGAUUGUGGAGAAGAGGGUGAGGUGGCUCAUGUUUUCUUAAACUGUUUGCAGAAACUUUCAAAAGGCAUUUGGCUAAACCUCCCGGCAGUACAGUAUUCUCGUACUCAUUAACGUUUGUGUCUAGGUACUGGUACCUUUCUGUUUAAAAAAAUGUUCUAAGUGUUGGCUUUAAAGUGAAUUUAUCUUUAGUAUGAUAGUUAUAUGAAAAUUAUAGGGUUUGUGUGCAGAGAAUUUUUUUAUAAAGUGCUUUGUAAAAAAAAAAACAAAAAAACAAAUGUAUUCUAGCUUUCGCGGUACAUAUGUGUGAUAACUUUAAUACCCAUGACAGUUAAGUGCAAUUAUUUCAUCACUCUAAAAAUGCUAUUUUUGUGUCAGUUCCUGCAGGUGUUUUCAUGUCUUUGCAAAGUGACACAUUUUGAUGCCUUCUUGAUAAAGUGGUAGACAUUUUGUAGCUUUCUAGAAACUUUGUAUCCAUACGGUAUCAAUGAAAAAUAAAGAAAAUGAAAGUGUG